AUGAACAGAAAUGAGAAGGGACCAACAACCUCAGAACAUAGGGAGUGUGUAAGAGGUCUACUACCCUAUCCCUCCACCAGCUCCCCAUCACCGCCACCACGACCACCACCACCACCAAUACCAAUGCCAACACCGGCACCAACAGAACCAUCAUAUAACAAUCCUUUCUGUUCGCUAACAUCCACUCAGCACUUCACAACACACCCACAAUUGGUGGUACAUAUGAUGAGGAAAGAUGAAUUGGAUAGCGAUCUGAACAGAUCGAUCAAGCGGGGUGAGGGAGGGAGCAAGGGGAAGAGAAAAGGGAAGAAUGGGCCAUCCUCGUCGAUACGCUCUUCUACCGGUCCUCGUCGUUGUCACCGCCAACCGUUAAACUUAUCUGUAACUGUUCGCACCAUUUUCUGCUCUUCGUUUGCUUCUGCACAGCUUAUGGCUAUUUUUCGUCCACUGGCUAUUAAAACAUGUUAUGUGUGA